UAUGAUUUUCUUAUAAUCCGUACAGGUGGCCACCCGCGAUGUUUCUAACCUAUUUCUUUUCGCAAACUUUAACAUUUAUUUAACGUUUUUCGCAUCGAACGUGAUAUAAUAAUGGCUCAAGGCACAAUUCUUAAUAAGGUUAUAUCUGCGAUCGACGACAACACGCGGAAACCUGAAGAAUUUCUAAGUGUACAGAAUGGUGUUGCGGUUAAUUUCAAAAAUACUAUGAAACAGCUCUACGAUUUUACGAAAGAACAAACGGAAAGGAGUACGAAUGCCUUGCCAGAGCUGUUGACCGAUGGUUUUGACGAGGAACAAAUUUGGCAACAAUUGGAGUUACAGAAUGAAGGAGAAUUGAUACAUUUUUUAAGUGGCAUAUCCAAAUUGUUAGCCGGUAAGAAAGCGCUGACGUUACCUAUCUCUACCACGAAGCCUGAAUCCAGAGAAGAGAACAGCGAGCGGGACGAUGAAGUUGAGAAUGCAACGAGCGUAAUACAACAUCGACGAGCGAAAGGGAAAGAAGAUGAAGAAUCUAAGAGUAGCUUCGAAAAGAUAAAGAGGAUAAAAGAGCGCAAAAGAAAGUCCAUCGUCGAUGAUAAAUUUUUUAAAUUACAAGAAUUAGAUGAAUAUCUUACUAAUGAGGAUAGAAGAGAGAAGCUAAACAAAAGAGACGCGAACGAGUCGGACGAUGACGAAUCUCUUGAUUUGUUUAACGAUUUGUCGGAAGAGGAAUGCGAUUUUACGGAGGACGCAAAGUUCAUUAAAUAUGCCGACUUUUUUGAUAAUCCGAAUAGCGAGGACGAGGGCGACGACAAUAAAGUAUCAUCUUCCUUUCGUAACGAUCAUUCUAAAACCGAUGAAAAUGAAGAUGAGGAAUCGCUGGACGAUAGCGAAUUAGAAGGUACCGACGUUGAGAAAGAAAAUGGUACUGAAUUAAGAUCCUUUACUAAAAGAGUUAAGUUCAAUCUGACAAACGAUUCGGACGAAACGGAUAGCUUAGAAAAUAAAGUAGAUAAUAAGGAGAAGAAUUUGGAAAUUAAAUCCUCCCUUGAAGCGCGUCAGGAACGUUUGCAACAGAGGAUUCAAGAACUGGAAGAAGAAGCGCUAGCUGAAAAGCCUUGGCAAUUGAAGGGAGAAGUAAAUGCUGCUCUCAGACCGCCAAACUCUUUAUUGGAAGAGUAUGUGGAGUUUGACGUUACCUCCAGGCCACCUCCUGUUAUCACCGAACAGACUACUUUCAAACUGGAGGAUUUAAUUAAGCAACGAAUAAAGGACAAGGCAUGGGACGACGUCGAAAAGAAAUUCAAACCCGUCGAAACACCUUUGGAAUAUAAGAAAAAGUUGAUAUUGAAUCAGGAAAAGAGCAAAGAAAGUUUGUCUCAAAUUUAUGAGAACGAAUAUCUCAAGCAAAAACAAGCUUCAAAUCCGGAAACCAAAGAAGUAGAGGAAGAAGAGCCGAAAGCGCACAUUGAAAUUCGCGAUAUGAUGCAUUCUUUAUUCUCCAAAUUGGACGCACUGUCCAAUUUCCAUUAUACCCCGAAAGCAGCCCAGCCUGAAAUUAAAAUUAUAAGUAACAUUCCUGCCAUCAAUAUGGAAGAAGUGGCGCCGAUAGCUACCAGCGAUGCUGCCUUAUUAGCACCCGAAGAAGUUAGAGAAAAACCACGGGGCGAUGUUAUCGGUAAAUCGGAACGAACGAUCACCGACAUGAAACGCGAAAGACGAAGGAAGAAGUUGAAGCAAAAGGAACGACAAAAAGAUAGGGAAAGAAAAGAGCAAUUAAAUGCGAUCAAACCAGGAAUCGAGAAAAAAUAUAAAAAGGACAAAAACGUUCUUUUGAUGAAAAAAUUGAGCAAAGAUAGGAAUAUUACGAUGGUGGAUGAGACGAUUGGUAAAGUCACGAAAUCUUCGAGCAAGUUCUUUACCCAGCUACAGGACCAAGUUAAAAGUCACGUCAAGUCGAGAGUAAAUCAAAUGUCGAAAGAAAAAAAUAAAAAAGCUUUGUCCGCUGUCAGAUUAAAAUUGUAAAUAUUUCAUGUAAAUACAACAUAUAUAUAUGUGUAUAUAUAUAUAUAUAUAUAUAUAUAUAUAUAUAUAUAUAUAUUUUGUAUAUGUAUAUGUAUAUAUAUUAAAUGAAAUUUAAUUGGAUUUUUUCUAUUUUUGGUCGCUCAUUCAAGAUCGUUUGAAAUUGUGAUUCGAUGAUAAAAUAAAUGUAGUAUGUAUGUGGAGUCGUGUAGGAACAGGGGGAAUAUCUUUCGUGAGUAUGAGAGUAAGAUUUGAAAUAUUUUGAAAGAUAUCAAUAUUAAAUACAAGAUAUUUAAUCAACUGUUGCCUACACACUUUGAUAUCUUUCGUCUCUUCGCUAUUAUAAUUAUUGUCGGAGGUAAUGUUGGAACUACAUUCGUACAGGAUGAUUGAUUGUAAAAAGAACAAAAAAAAUCGUAUAUAUGUGUAUACCUCGUAUAUUAGUGAAAAAUGUUCCCAAUUCAUCAUGAUAUGCCGUAAUUUUGUUUUGAUCUGCUUAUCGAAAUUUUUGCUAAACAUGUACAAAUGCACUAAGUCACACGUGGUUACUUAUAAAUGCAAUUAUUUAUAUGUAUAACAUUAUCUAUAUUUUUCUUUAAGAAUAUCUAAAAAUGGUGUUUUGCACAGAGAAGCAAAGUGGGUUACAUAAUUUUGUACAUUGUCAAGUUUGAACAAUUUCUGUCAAAUGUUGAUUUAUGAUUGCACUGUUUAUAAUUACAAAUAUCUAAAUUAAAAAAUAAUUAAGCUAACCUUAUGUGCCUAACGAUAAGCUGGUAUUAAAAUGAUCAUGAUUUGCAUAGA